CCCCAACCCCUUGCCCUGAACCCCUUCCUGCACACCGCACUCCCUUCCCCGGCCCUACGUUCAUGGCCCUGCGUACACUUUUCCCACUCAGAUGUGGCCCUCGGGCCAAAAAGUUUGCCCACCCCUGGUUUAGAUCGUGGGCUUCUUUGAAUUUUUGUUUAUUGCCAGUGGCCUCUCCGUUACUUUUACUCAAAAUAACCGUGACAAAAAUCUUAAGCUUAUAAUGAGUUAUGUGCAGGUCAUUAGGCUAAAUAGAUCUCAAAUAAUGAAUGACAGAAAGUUGGAUUUGAUGCCCUUUGAGUUGAAGCUCUUACUCCAAUACUUUGUGGGAAUAUGUUCAGAUCACAGCAACUUCCAUUCCACCCAUUGGCCACGUAGGCGGUCUCAUCAGAGCAAUGGGAGAUACAACGACAUGGGGACUGAAAUGUCCUGAAAACCCCAAUAUGUUGAAAAUGUGAACUUUGUAAUGUGGUUUCCUGUGCUAUAUCUAAUUCUGUAAAUAAAUGGUGCAUUUCCGGAUAAGAUUCUUCGCUAGUGCCAAUCAGUUUAGCUCCAGUGAAGUCAGCUCUAUUUAGGGAUAGAUCCUCUGGUAGUGUAAAUGGACCUUGCCACAUUGACUUUAGUGGAGCUAUGCUGAUCUUAGUGGCCCAUAGAACGCUACUGUGUGGAAAAGGCAUUCUGUGUAAAUCAGUUCCCAUACCACAAUUUAUAUGGAGCUAAACUUACGGAGCAACGAGUAUAUUUUAGAAGUGUUUUAUGUUUUGCUGUUUUUCAUGUAAUCACAGGAAAAUGGCAGGAAAGAAGAAAGAAGUUCAACUACAGGCAGUAUUAACCAAUCAAAGUCAAUGGGAUGAAAUGUUGCUGACUAAAGGUGUAACAGUAAUAGAUGUUUAUCAGGCGUGGUGUGGGCCUUGCAAAGCUGUGGUAAAUUUAUUCAGAAAACUAAAAAACGAGUAUGGUGAAGAUGACCUUUUGCAUUUUGCUGUGGCAGAAGCUGACAGCAUUGUGACCCUGCAGACAUUUAGAGACAAAUGUGAACCUGUUUUUCUCUUUUGUGUUGAUGGCAAAAUUAUAGCACUAGUGCGAGGCACAAAUGCUCCACUUCUCAGUAAGACAGUAAUAGAGCUAAUAGAAGAAGAGAGGAAAAUUUUAGCCGGGGAAAUAGAACGCCCUCAGGUACAAGAGCUUGUGUUUUUAGAAGAGAAAGCAUCAGAAGAUUAUAUUGAAGAAAGCCAACUUGAAGAAGGAGUCAUAUACACUGUUGCAAUUAUAAAACCUGAUGCCAUUGCAGAUGGAAGAGUAGAAGAAAUUAAACAAAAGAUUACAGAAGCGGGCUUUGCUAUUGCGGCAGAAGAGGAGAAGACUUUAACUGAAAAGCAAGUUAGAGAUUUCUACAGUCGCAAUAUAGAACAGCCUGAUUUUGAAGAUUUUGUGACAUUCAUGACUGGUGGACCAUCCCAUAUUCUGAUAGUUUCUAAACCAAAGGAAGUAACUGUUGCUGUUCCACAAUGGAAAAAACUGGGUAAAUCAGAUGAGGAUACAUCUGCAGAGCCUCAGCCUGAAAAGCCAAUCAGCUUGCAAGAAGUUUUGGAAUCCAAGAAUAUGUUAAAUUUAUGUGAUGUGGAAGACAGUGUAGAAGAUGCUAGCAGGCAACUUGCCUUCUUUUUCCCAGAUUUUGGUAAAAAGAAGACUGGCCAAAAUAUUGAAAAAACAUUGGCCUUAAUUAGACCUUCUCUGUUAAAGGAAAGAAAAAAUUCUAUUCUGAAAAGGAUUAAGGAUGAUGGAUUUACAAUAGCAAUGCAAAGAGAAAUAGUUCUGACAGAAGAACAAGCAUGUCAGUUUUACAAGGAACAUGAAAAUGAAGAUUUUUUUUCAACCCUUCUAGAACACAUGACAAGUGGUCCAACCCUUGCACUUGGUUUAAUACGAGAAAAUGCUGUACAACACUGGAGAGAUUUACUAGGCCCAAAGAGGCUUGAAGAGGCUAAGAAGAAAAGUCCAGCCUGUUUACGUUCAGAGUAUGCGGUAGAGAGUGUACCUCUCAAUCAGCUGCAUGGCAGUGUGUCACCUGGUGAAGCUGAGAAGGAACUAGAGUUCUUCUUCCCUGUGGAACAUACUUUGGCAGUUAUCAAACCCACGGCUGUUAAGGAACAUAAAGAUGACAUUUUGCAGAAGGUUACAAAUGGUGGCUUUAUUGUAUCACAGAUGAAAGAAACAAAUUUCACCCAUGAAAUGGCAACGCAGUUUUAUAAGACUCAUGAAGGAAAACCCUUUUUUGACCAGUUAGUGAAUUACAUGUCUGAGGGUCCAUCAAUGGUAAUGAUCCUAACUAAAGAAAAUGCUGUGGAGGAGUGGAGGCAAUUAAUGGGUCCAACAGAUCCAGACGAGGCAAAAGAGUCUUCUCCUGAUUCACUUAGAGCUCAAUUUGCACAAGAUAUUUUGCGUAAUGCAGUUCAUGGCUCAUCUAAUAAGGAGCAUGCACUGAAGAGCAUUGAAUAUAUAUUUGGAGAGAUUGAUUUGAAUAGUCUAAGCCACAACUAAAAUCUAUCUGUAACAGUUAAAACGUAAGUCGCUAGAUGGUUAUACAGCUAUCUGUCCAUCUGUGUUUUAUGUUAUAUAUAAAAAGCAGUGAUAAAGUAAACUUUUUCUCCCUAAUGAAAUAUUUUGUUAUCAAUUAGUAACACUACUGUAGAAUGUACCAAUUUAAUUUACUAACAUGUACUAG